AUGAAGUCGCAUUUAGAGACAACUACUGGCCAGAUUUAUUCUCAACAUCUGAUUUAUUCAUCUUCCGUUGUGACUUUAAUCUGGACACUCGAGGAUAAAGUUACUGUCACCAUUGCUGUUUUUCACACAAGACGAAUUUUUCGAUUUCUCUCAUAUAUAAAGGGAACAAAUUUUCAGCUCCAAUGUAUAAAACUAUUUAUGUUAUAUAGACUACUCUGCUAUAAGAUGAGGAUUGAGUUACCACCCAGUGACCUCGGUAAUAGGUCAAGAUCCCUAUUUGACGUAUAUCUACUCAUCAUAAAACUUAAAAUCUCUUUAUAUCCUGAAAAUUAG